AUGUUUGUACAUGGCUUUGUAGCGCUGUUCCUGUGUGCGUUCACAUUCCUCCUCAAAGUCCAUUCGACGGGCUGCUUCGACCUCGGUGCGGAAAUGGAUAAUUGCGCGCAAAUUCAUCGUAUUCCUCGCCUCUCUGACAAACGCCACGGCUACGACUUCGGCUAUGGCUCUCUCAACGAUACAGAAUUCAUGUGUCGAACAAAGUAUCACAUAAAAAUCAUCAAAUGCGUAAAGGAGCGCUGGGAGGCGACAUGUGACACCUCUGCGGAGCCAGAUUUUCUGAAGGUUGUGUGGGCCCACACCCUCAACACCAAGCGAUACGAACGCGCGGCCGCCUACAUCUGUCGACAACACAACCUCAGAAUUUUCCAUCAGCACAAGGAUGCCUGUUUGCGUGAGGCGGAACCCGCAGCGGAGGGCUGUUCCAGGCAGACAGAUGAGUCCAUCCAGGAGGUAGUGGGCGCCCUAAAGAAUCAGUCAGUCAACGCCGCUCUUGGACUCAUCGGUGACACCUACCAGCAGCACCUAAAGAAGAUAAUGCUGGUCUACGAAUGCAAAGCAAUGAGGAGGAAGUUGGACUGCCUUUAUGCUCUGCUAUCAUCGCAGUGUCCAGUGAACGCAGUACAACUAAUAAUGAAUUAUUUCAUUGAGAGCCUGCCCACAGGCUGUCACUACCUCUACCGCAGUGCGGGUAAGGAGGAUACAGAGGCGAUGACUAUGGCAAUAGCCAACCCAUCGGCCAUGCAAGGCGACGACGGCACCCCACCACGUCUCAGUCCGAUCCUGCCACUUCACCUCAAUGAGGCCCUGCAGUCUCCCUCCGAUUUACCUCCAAACCAUUGCAGUUGUGGAGUUGGGGCCGACGUGGUCAUCAUCUUCACAAUCCUCAUCAUCCCCUGGUUCCUUGUUCUCAUUGGCUGA